AUCUUUAUGUUUGAAGCCUGAAAUGUGGCAAAAGGUCGCAAAGUUCAAGGGGGCCGAAUACUUUCGCAAGGCACUGUAGCAAAACCGUUUGACAUAUAAAAACAGGAUUUUCAGCGGGGUUGAAAUAAUGUUAAUUAAUUAUGAAGUUGUGAAAAAUACUAAUAACAUUCCACCAAUGAGGCAACUAGAGGAUGAUUUUGUCAUUUGACUGCAGGAAAGUACUAUAAGGAAUUUGAAAUUAAUUAUAAUUAUACUUUUGAUACUCAAAUAUAUUUGAGCAAUUACAUUAACCUUUGAUACAAUCAAAUACUUAACAAAAUGUACUCAAGUAGUAUUUUUUUACUGGGUGACGUUCACAUUAAUUUGAUUCAUUUUCUAUUAAGGUAUCUUUACUUUUACUCAAGAAUGACAAUUGUGUACUUUUUCCACCACGUAAUAUUUGCUCUCAGAGCAAGCUGUCUGUCCGUCAUUUCAAAAUGUCUCUCCAGCACCAAAAUUAGAAUACGUCGUGACGCUGUGCGUAAUGUUUAGUUCGUCCCCUAUGGUGAAUGAAGAAUCCGCUAUCCAAUUGUGGCACUGCCGUUGUCGAAAACAGCAAAAUUGUUUUCUUCUGUAGACAAAGGUGUCUCGACAACCCGAUAAAUUACUGAAUAGUCAUCCAGUUCUGUGGCUUCUUGGUGAAGACAUGGAAAAACAACCGCGGUUGUUGACAUCCCAACUCCUACUGAAAAACAGCUUAUUCGAAGUGUCGUUAAACCGUGUGCUUCUGACAUGGAAAGAGAUUGCGACCAAGAAAAAACGCGUUUCUGGGGGAAUACAUCACCCAUGUAAAGUCGGUGUCUGUUUUCCUACGUUUCUGCGCAGAGACAAAGGAGAGUCAGGUACCAGUCACAGUGUGUCAGUGUCUGAGAUCCUAGCAGUCAGGGAGCUCGACGUGGACAGCGGGACGAAAGAUGACGGCAGGUGGCAGAAAAUGCCUCAGAAAUCGACCGAGGCCUAUCCAUAUGCAUUCACAGUGUCCUACGUGGAGAGGGCGUGGCAGCACCGCUGGCGGUGUAGUGACGUCACCUUUCACUGCCUAGAGGGGGCGCUGUGUCAGCAGUGGGUCCAGACAAUCAGAGAGCAGCUCACAGCAUUGACCAGCAGACCCAAGCAUUUGCUGGUGUACAUCAACCCCUAUGGGGGCAAGCAGCAAGGCGAGCGUAUUUACGAGCAGAAAGUCGCCCCUCUCUUCACCCUUGCCUCCAUCUCCACGCACGUGAUUGUUACAGAGCAUGCCAAUCAUGCCAGGGACCACCUGAGUACAGAGGCUGAGUUGAAGAAAUAUGAUGGAGUGGUGUGUGUGGGCGGGGACGGCAUGUUCAGUGAAAUGGUUCACGGCCUGGUCUCCCGGACCCAGAGGGACAACGGCGUGGACCAGAACAGCCCGGAGGAGAAGCUGGUACCCUGUACUCUGCGCAUUGGCAUUAUACCCGCAGGUUCAACGGACUGCAUCUGCUAUGCAACUGUAGGCAUCAACGACCCUGUGACCUCGGCCUUACACAUCAUAGUGGGAGAUGCCCAGCCAAUGGACGUGUGCUCGGUCCAUCACAACAACACAUUCCUGAGGUACUCUGUGUCCCUGCUUGGGUACGGUUUCUAUGGCGACGUGCUGGCAGACAGCGAAAGGAAACGAUGGAUGGGACCAGCCAGAUACGACUUUUCAGGUUUUAAGACGUUUCUCACACAUCACUACUAUGAGGGGACUGUGUCUUUUCUACCAGCAACGGACAUAUUGGGAACUCCACGAGACAAGACCAGGUGUAGAGCUGGGUGCUUCAUAUGCCAACACAACGGACAGCUGUAUUCCGAGGAUGCCCCAGAGAUUUGCGAGACUGAUCCAGAUGUUUCAGACAGUGAAUACAAAGGGGGGUGGCGGGUGAUCAGAGGGAAGUUCCUGGCCAUCAACGCGGCCAGUAUGAGCUGUGCCUGUCCCCGUAGUCCCAAGGGCUUGUCCCCCGCUGCCCACCUCGCCGACGGCACCACCGACCUCAUCCUCGUACGCAAGUGCUCUCGAUUCAACUUCCUGCGCCACCUGCUACGCCACACCAGCAAAUACGACCAGUUUGACAUGACCUUUGUAGAAGUGCACCGUGUGCGGCGCUUCCGCUUCACCCCGCGCUACUGCCAGAGUGACUCCGAGUUGGACCUGAGGGAGAAUGGCAAGAGGCUCUUCAGCCAGAUCUGCAGAGACCACCCGGCCUGCAGCUGUAGCCCUGCCUACAGCAGCUGGAACUGUGACGGCGAGAUCCUCCCUCAUGCUGCCAUUGAAGUCGGAGUGCACUGCCAGUUGAUCAAGCUGUUUGCGCGAGGGAUCGAAGAGCAGCCUGUGUUUGAGGACCUUCCCAACCCGUGUGCAGUAUAGACCCCCCCCUGCUGCCCUAUCCUAUCAAAGUCACUGGAACAGUCCUACUGCAUUUCAAAGGCUACUGCUGUCAUAUCCUUACCCCUGUGCCCUACCCUUUUCUGAUGUACUUUGAGGUCUUUCAGACAUCUGUUUUCUGGGGCCAUUUUUGUUUGUCUGCCAGAUUUUAGAGGUCACAAGUUCACAGGUCAAAGAGUACUGUUGAUGGUACACUUACAGAGAGGUUCACUAUCCACAUCCACUAUACUGAAGAAGAAAUCAUGAAAAUACUAAAGCGGUAUUCAAUGUAGCUCUUUUCCGCUCUCCUUUUUCAAUCGAGCGAUGUUAACCUAGCAAUUAACAAAUAGCAAUUAACAUGCUGUUCAACAUUUAUAGAACUCCUCUUUGCACGUUUUACAAUGUAUGCUGCUCCAAAUUAUGAAUAACUGUUGCGUUUUGUUUAUUUAUUCAUUUAGAGAAAACAUUUAAUUAGAGGAUGUUUGAAUUUUGCUAGCUGCUUGCACUUUGUUCCAAAUAGGCCGUAUGCGUUUUGACCUUAUAAGCAAUGCCUUGUUAAAAGUUAUUUUACAGCACGAAUUUGAAUACAUAUGUAUUGAUGAUCGGAUAUUGGGUGAACCAGAGAACUCUCUAGGGCAGUGUUUCCCAACUCCAGUCCUCAUAUACCCCCAGCAGUACAUAAUUUUUAUUGUGGAACCCGAACAAGAACAACUGAUUCUACUUGUCAACUAAUCAUCAAGCCCUUGACAAUUGAACCAGUGUCCUCAUUUAUCAACCGUGCAUACAUGUCUUACUUAGUUCUGAGGUACGUGGAGAUUCUAGAAUUUCCGCAACAAAUCUAACUGUCACACGCAACAUAUACAUACGCAUGUUGUGAUUGUUAAACCAUACUAUAUUUGUGGGCUUGUAAACAAGCACUAAAACCGGACUUGGAAAACACACCCCAUUCACAUUUUAUGGUAACAAAAAUUCCCACAUUUGCUGUAUGAUUUGGUGAUUCUGGAGCUGGGCCAGGAUAGUUUCAAAAAGAAAUCGCAAUAGCAAAUUUGAUCACAAUUCUGUAGAUGUGCGUGAAUUCUUUUUUUUGUUUAAAAAAUAUAUAUAUUUUGCAGUGACCUAUGCCUCCUAUAGCGAGUGCCAAACACUGUCCGCACCUACUGCAUGAUUGAUUGUCCAUUCAAACAAUUUAAAAGUAAAUGCUACAGCCCACACUUCUAUGUAAGAUACUAAUUGUUGUUGAAUAUUUUGUUUAUCAAUAGAAGAUAGAAACACAAUCUCCUGCCUUGGUAUAGGCUCUGAGAUGAAUAGGCUAUUGUGUCUCGCUCCUGUCACAAAGCAAUACUGUGGCCUACCCAUACUGUCAUAUAGGCUACCGGUCUAUUUACUUUUGAAUGAGUGAUGGAUAAAUGGUAGCCUAAUAUUUGUUGCGUAGCGGGAAUAAAGCAGUCGUCAGAAAAGGAGCGACGUCCUGCAAUAUGAUUUAGGUGUAUAUAUAAUGAAAGUUAAAAUAUAUUAGGCAACAUGCUGCUACGCGAUCUCCAUACCAACGGCAAAUGCAUCCGUGUUGUCAUUAGACCAACGUUUUGUUUUUGUUUGCCUAACAUUCUUAGAAUUCCUGUGCAUCAAACACCUCAAUUUCCCCAAAAAUAACAAUAUUUGCUUGCAAUACCACUAGAAGUUGCAUGGUUUGAGAUUUGUGUGGAGCUAUGCACGCUUUUCCAUCAAGUUCAAAAUUGUGUGCUGUUGGGGGGUACUUCAGGACAGGAGUUGGGAAACACUGUUCUAGGGGUACCAGAUACUAGCCAGACUCUUACCUUUAAAGGAGAAGUUAGAUUAUUUUUUUUUACAAACAAAUCUGUAUUUCGAAUGUAAAUGGUAUGUUAUAGAAGGGUCCAGACACUUUUUUUUUUUUGCGAUAUCAUGUGCUUGUGAGAGACCCCAAACAGUGAUUCACUUCCUCAUCCUCGUUGUGCAAUACGGGUGCUCUGAAAAAAACACGAGUAAAUGCUCCAAAUACGUAGUCUUUUAAACGACAAUGCUCUCAGUAUAGUAAUGCAGGUCUUUAGAUAUUGUACACAUGUAAUUGUCAUUCCGAAACUUUUCCGCAAUGUUAUAUUCAGUUGGCUUCUAGGUACCCUCAUUAAGGCCAUAAGUCACUAAAGCAGGUCUUAGCAACUGGUAUCUGGGCCUUUGAGCCUUUAAAAUUGGCCAAUGGUGUCCUUACGCGAUUAAGAUGUUUCAAAUGUGUAGUCUAAUCAACCCCUCUGGUGGUAGAUUUUCUGCGAAUCUCUUAGAGGAACGUGUCUGUCUCCCCUCUAUCCAUAUGUCUGUCUAAUAAAUCUUUAAAAAUAGAAGUUGUUCACGUCAUCUUUUCCAUACAGCAUUUCUCCACACCUUGAACAGUUUUAAAUUCUAAAGACCUCACUAUAAUGGGAGCUUUCCAGUGUUUUUGGAGCAUUUUUGGAGCUCUCUCAGAGCUCCUGUACUGCACAACAAGGAUGAGGAAGUGAAUCGCUGGUUGGGGUAAAAAAUUGAGACAUAAAAAAAACUACAAUGUCCUUUAAUGUGACAUUGAAACAAACCAUCACCAAAUGUAAUGGUACACAAAAUGUCCAGACUGGCAAGAUUCGCAUAUGGGAUGCUGAAAAAUCAACAAUGUAGCUUGUCAACACAGUGUAUGCGCUAAAAUGUGUAAAUUGUUACCAUAGAAAUAGUGGCUUUAGGCACAUUUUACCAAGCUAUCUCUGCCAUUUGCGGCAUUGUCAUUCCAGGUUUAGAUUCCUUGAUAUCUGAGGUAUAGCAGUUAAAGGGAACUUCCACCCAAAAACUUUUGACAUUUGUUUCAUUAGUCCAUUGGUUGAUAUUGUCCAUGUCAGUAAUCAAGUUUUCAAGAUGUAUAACUUUCAAAAUACAGAAAUACAGCCGAUAUGAUGCAUUUUGCAUCAGACGGCUGUAUUUCUGUAUUUUGAAAGUUAAGAUAUCUAACUUGAUUGCUGACAUGGAAAUCAUUUUGGGACUAUAUCAAACAAUGUACUAAUGAAGCAAAUACUAAAAUAUUGUUUUUGAGUGGAGUUUCCCAAAAAGGAUUCUGGUUUGAAUCCCCGACUAGUUGAGAAAUCUUUUUUUUUUUCUUGAGCAAGGAACCAUAAUUUCCCCUGUAAGUCACUCUGGAUAAGAGCAUCUGCUAAAAUGACAUUUAAAAAAAAAAAGCUGUCCAAAAACAGUAUUUGGUGCUUGGUGCCCUGCAUAUCAUAUAAUCCCGUGCUGCACAUACUAUGCUGGGUGUCACUGCCCUCCGCACUGUCACGCUAGUCUUGCUGCUGCAGACUAGGACAAUUGUAGCAGUUGCUGAACAUGAAUGUGCUGUGACAACAGUGACUAGCAAACACCACAAGGCUGUUAUCCCCCAUCUGGCCAAAAUACGAGUCUCUACUGUAUGGUUUAGACUCAUUGUGCAGUGAUUUUUACUUUGGCAUCCUCCUUGGCUGCACAAUUCCUUUCUGACCAUGCACUCUCCUCUCUGAAUUGUACACCAGGCAGCCAUCAGGCAGAUGCUCGUCCAUCCAUCCAAGUUCCUUUUAGCUUUAGCUCGGCAGAACAGAAUUACGCUGAUUCAUCAUCCACUGUGACAUCCACCCCUCCACCAGCACUAGGCACCCAUUCAGUUUGGUUCACUUCCAGGCCCAUUAGAAACUCUCUGUAUCAGCGGGGCCACUCUUAAUGCUGCAUUCUUAAUCUUGGAGGUGCCCCCCUCAUUUAUGCCGACCCACUUUACAUUAUAGGAGUGCUGACUGUAGCAGAGUGUAGCUCCCCUAUGGAGGGGAGAGCAGUGUGCGUGUGUCUGAGAGGCCAUUACUCCACUAGAAAUUGUGGGGCCCUGGUCGUCAUCCCUAAGGAGUGUGUGUGGUGUCAAUACAGCGCUGUGGGAAGUGCAGUGUAAACGCAGCCACAGCAAGGCAGAGGAGGCUUCAUGAGGCUCAGCACUGCGUAGCACCUAUCAACUCUGUCUUGUAAGGGUUCUCAGUGCAUGAAUAAUGGCACCACACACACACAGCACACUCUUGUUAGGUUACAACUGAUAUCCUGAUUUAUUGGUAUGUUUUUACCAAUAAAACCCUAAACAAGCGCACAACAGAAACCCCCUCUGUGAUCUUGCAGGUUUCAAGAUGUUAAAGAUAUGUAAACUCAGCAAAAAAAUAAGCAAUUUUCAAACUUAACAUGUGUAAAUAUUUGAAUGAACAUACGAUUCAACAACUGAGACAAACUGAACAAGUUCCACAGACAUGUGACUAAGGGAAAUGGAAUAAUGUGUCCCUGAACAAAGGGGGGGUAAAAAUCUAAAGUAACAGUCAGUAUCUGGUGUGGCCACCAGCUGCAUUAAGUACUGCAGUGCAUCUCCUCCUCAUGGACUGCACCAGGUUUGCCAGUUCUUGCUGUGAGAUGUUACCCCACUCUUCCACCAAGGCACCUGCAAGUUCCAGGACAUUUCUGGGGGGGAAUGGCCCUAGCCCUCACCCUCCGAUCCAACAGGUCCCAGACGUGCUCAAUGGGAUUGAGAUCCGGGCUCUUCGCUGGCCAUGGCAGAACAUUGACAUUCCUGUCUUGAAGGAAAUCACGCACUGAACGAGCAGUAUGGCUGGUGGCAUUGUCAUGCUGGAGGGUCAUGACAGGAGGAGCCUGCAGGAAGGGUACCACAUGAGGGAGGAGGAUGUCUCCCCUGUAACGCACAGCGUUGAGAUUGCCUGCAAUGACAACAAGCUCAGUUCGAUGAUGCUGUGACACACCGCCCCAGACCAUGGACCCUCCACCUCCUAAUCGAUCCCACUCCAGAGUACAGGCCUCGGUGUAACGCUCAUUCCUUUGACGAUAAACGUGAAUCCGACCAUCACCCCUGGUGAGACAAAACCACGACUUCUCAGUGAAGAGCACUUUUUGGCAGUCCUGUCUGGUCCAGCAACAGUGGGUUUGUGCCCAUAGGUGACUUUGUUGCCGGUGAUGUCUGGUGAGGACCUGCCUUACAACAGGCCUACAAGCCCUCAGUCCAGCCUCUCUCAGCCUAUUGCGGAGAGUCUGAGCACCGAUGGAGGGAUUGUGCCUUCCUGGUGUAACUUGGGCAGUUGUUGUUGCCAUCCUGUACCUGUCCCGCAGGUGUGAUGUUUGGAUGUACCGAUCCUGUGCAGAUGUUGUUAUACAUGGUCUAGCACUGCGAGGAUGAUCAGCUGUCCGUCCUGUCUCCCUGUAGCACUGUCUUAGGCGUCUCACAGUACGGACAUUGAAAUGUAUUGCCCUGGCCACAUCUGCAGUCCUCUUGCCUCCUUGCAGCAUGCCUAAGGCACAUUCACGCAGAUGAGCAGGGACCCUGGGUAUCUUUCUUUUGGUGUUUUUCAGAGUCAGUAGAAAUGCCUCUUUAGUGUCCUAAGUUUUCAUAACUAUGACCUUAAUUGCCUACUGUCUGUAAGCUGUUAGUGUCUUAACGACCGUUCCACAGGUACAUGUUCAUUAAUUGUUUAUGGUUCAUUGAACAAGCAUGGGAAACAGUGUUUAAACCCUUUACGAUGAAGAUCUGUGAAGUUAUUUGGAUUUUUACAAAUUAUAUUUGAAAGACAGGGUCCUGAAAAAGGGAUGUUUCUUUUUUUGCUGAGUUUAUGAAGAAUGAUGUGGAGGUCUGUCCUUUGGUUGAAAGUGGAACAUUCUAAGAAAUGACUACAUAAAGAGUAUUUAAACCUCUGAAUAA